AUGAAAGGUGAGAGUGGAGGAAAUGGUUUGACGCAAAGGACGAUUGGUUCAGCCAAGUCUCAAAGCUGUGGAUCAUCUUCACGGUUACCAGCAAAAAUGUGUGGUUGUGGUGAGACAGUGUUGCUUUUGAAAGCAACUACUGCCAAGAACAAAGGAAGACUAUUCUAUAGAUGUAGAAAUUGGGCAAGUACUUCAACUUGUAAUUACUUCGAGUGGCAUGAAGAAGAAGUUUCUGAAAUUGAAGGCAAACGUGAAGGACUUGAUCUGUGUUUGGAAAGUGAUAUAGUUGUCCUGGAUCAAAAGAAGAAGAUACAGAAGCUGAAAAGGAAAUUGCAAGAAGAGAAGAAAUAUGGGAAAGUGAUGUUAUUUGUUUUGAAGACUGCAGCAGAAAAUUUGGUUGAUUUUGGUGGUUUGAAACUCAACUUUGCAUAG